AUGUAUACGUCAAAUCGUUCUCUAAUUCAUGCCAUCGAACAAUGUCAAUCAAAUAAACUUGCUUAUCUCAUUGAACAUGGUCACGAUAUUCAUGUUCGUAAUUCAUUGGGUGAAAAUAUAUUAGUAACAACAUUGAAAUAUAGUUCAAAACAACAGGAAACAAAUAAUAAUAGACGACUAAAAUUAUUUAUUUUAUUACUCUCAUAUAACGUUAAUCCUCAUCUGUUUGAUAAAAAAGGCAAAAAUGUUUUUAAUUGGGCAUGUACGUUGAAUUGUACACAAGAAGCAUUAUAUCUGUUAAAAUCCUAUGCAGGUGAAAUUGAUAUUUUAAGAAAAGAUAAAACUGGACUAUGUUCAUUGCAUUAUACAUGUGAACAUGGAAAUUUUGAAUUAGUUAAGGAAAUUGUUCAAUAUUUAUUAAAAUAUCGAGUAAGAUUUGAUACUAAAGAUGAUUAUGGAAAUACACCAGAUGUAUUAGCCGAAAAAUUAGGUUUCAAUGAAAUUGCAGAUUAUUUAAAAGAAAAGUCAAAAUUAACCGCUCAUUCAUCUCUUGACUUCAUCGAUGAACAGUUACCUCUUACUUCAUCCUUAUCAUCUAUUUAUGUAUCAGCAAUUGAUGGACGAAUCAGUUGUCGGUCGAAGCUUAGUUUGAAAACAAAAGGCACUAGUAGUGAUGAUAAUGAUGUAUUUAUUGACCCAAAAAGUGAAAUUAAUUCAGCAAAUGCGUUUGAAACGGGUACUGUAAAUACCCGACAACCACAGUUAAUGAUUGAUUGGUACGAGCAACUACAGGAAAGAAUUCAAAAGGCGAAAGCAAACAAUGAUUGGAGCAGUGUUAUAUCAUUGCGAUUGCUAUUAAGUAGAAUAUCGAAUGAAGUUGAAUUAAGAAAACAAAUUGGUAUGUCUGCGUUAGCAUUAACUAAUCACAGCUCGGAUGAUAAGGGUGAAAUAGUGUUAAAAAAGGAGUUGAAUAAAACCUCGAAUACACUUACAUUACCUCCCAUUAAAACUGCAGCGAUAUCAUUGAAUAAACCGGCAUCAAUCGAUAUGAAGAUAUUUCCUUUGAUUUCAACGGGUAAAACAUCAGAAGAAAGUAUAAAACAACUAUUAUCUUCAAUUGAAAUUCAAAUAUCACCGUCUUAUCGAAAAGCAUUUAUUCCCACUUACAAACGACCAAGUAUUGAACCACCGCCACCUCUUUUGAAAACACGAAGACGAGAAUCAAACGUUAAUUUGUUAGACAUCCAUCAUCUUCACCAUCCUUCUCGUAUAUCAUUACCAGCGUUAAGAAGUUCAAAACGAAAUUCCAUUGCAUCAGGUCGAAUAUCAAUUGAUCACACGAUGCAUCAGAGAAAUAGUAUAGUGAUUCAUAGUUAA